AUGCUGGUAACCGAUUCAUAUAGAAACCUGGUGAUCGCGGAACUUGGAUUUGUCGCGAUGCAUACUUUCUCAUCUGCCAUCAGCAUGCUUUACCCUAUAAGCGUUGUUUAUUCCACACCGACCACGAUACACACGAAAUAUAAAAACGAACUAUCAAAUCCACGUAUGCUCGACAUUUUAGGAUUUGGAAUGAUUGGGUAUUCGUUCAUAAUUUUCAACACCCUCUCCGUAUUAACCGGAAUUGCGGGAACAAAUAUGGAAAUAGAGAAAGCGGAUAGAUAUUUCUCUUUAAAUACGUUCUUAUGGGUCGUAUGGUCGUUACUCUUUACAUGUUACUUGGUUUUCACGUGGUUGAGGUUACACAGGAUCAUUAAUCAACACAUUAAAAGUCUCGAACAAAAAUUCGGAAACGCGGAAAAUCAACAAAUCAUUAACAUGAAGAAAGCGUCAAGGAAUGUCAACAUACCGGUUGUAAUUAUGACCAUUGGUUGUGUCAUGAGCAUCGUUUCCAAUAUCGCCGUAAGCAUUUCAUACCGACAGAUGGCGAUCUUCUAUACUAGUUCCUCUAUUAACUACUUUGCUGCUUGGUACAUUCUAAAUCCGGUUUUCGUUUUGAUCUGCAAUGCCAUACUAGUAUACAACAAGGUCAAAGUUUAUGUUAAAGCGAAGAUUACCAACGUGACUGGAUACCUUUCAAAUGUUGAGAUCAUUCGUUCUAGUACCAUUAAUUGCAAUACUAAUAAUACAAUUAAGACCUAUGUUGAUAAUAAUAGCAAUAGGGAAAUUAGUUCAUAUUCAAGUAAAGAUAAGGAAAGAAGUUUGCAUGCAAGUAAUGACUUGAAUAUUAGUCCCAGUGAUAAUACAGAUCAAAUUCCAAGUUAUGAAAACAUUUUAAUGUAUCCCAUUGCUAUAGAAUGCACUGAAGACAUAAUUACAAAAAUUGACAUACAAGAAUCAACCCUUUGA